AUGGCCGCAGAGCAUGCUUGUUCGGCCGCGGCCGCCGCGGCUGCUGCAGGCAGCCGCGUCGACGUGCUCGAGAGUGCAUUCUGCGCAAUGCAAGCGCAGUGGGAGGUGGCGCAGAGGCUGGUGGCGUUUCCGUACGCUGCAGCAAAGGCGGUGCUUGACGCGCUGCCUCCCCUCGGACACGCUGAGCGGGACAGCGAGGGCGACGCUGCCGGCGCCAGCGGCGCCCUCGCACCCAUGCGGCGCCUAUUGGAGCGGGUGGUGGCGAGCCUGGCUCCUCUGGUGGGCACCGGCGACAGCGGCGACUUCGGGCAGUGCAAUCGCGAGGAGGCUCCAGUUGACGCAACCCUGCUCCUGGCGAUCGCGUCCCACAUCCGCAAGCUCGAGCUGAGGGCUGACACCGACAGUGGCGCUGCGUUGGUCGAGGGCCAAGUGGACAGGCUCUGCGCGCGGCUCGACGAUCUCAUCCAGCGCGCUUGCGCCGCCCAGCGGGUGGCGCCGGCGAAGGUCACUGCGGACGGCGCGGGCGGCGACGGCCCCGAGUCGCUGCUCAGGCGCGACUCCACCGACGAGCUGCAGCGAGAGGCGCACGCGCUCCGCGAAGAGCGCGCCGCCGCCGUGUCGGCUCGGCAGCUGCUCGAGGAGCACCUCGCCUCGCAACGCCUGAGCAGCGCUGCGGCGUUGGAGGCGCUCCAGCGGCAGCGAUGCGAGGAGCGUGAGCUGCGCGCAGCGUACGAGGCGCUGUUGAGCUCUUACCGCCAGUCCGAGUCGCUGCGGGCCGUCGCCGAGGCGCGGCGCCACGAGGCGGAGAGGAGGUGCGAGGCGGCGCUGAGCGCGGCAGAGGGGGAGAGGCACGCCCGACUGGCGGCGGAGCAACGCAUCGCGGACCGGCGGCCGGCCGCGUCCGUGUGUGGCUCGCCGUCGCCGCCCGCGUCCCCGCUUCGCCCCAUGCGGGAGCUGUGCGGGGUCACGAUGGAGUCGGCGCCGUGGCCGCCUCCGCCGCGCUCGAGGAGUCACGAGUGCUAG